AUGACGUGGAGGUUUUGGUGGACAGUUUUCUUGGUGUUUUGUUGCUGCUGCUACGCAGUGCCAGGGAAUGAAUGCUAUUUGACCAACAUAGCAUUGAAUAAACCGGCAACUCAGUCUUCUGUGUCUUAUCAAGGGUUUGCAAGGAGAGGUGUGGACGGGAAUCUCAAUCCAGAUUAUAAAGCUGAGUCCUGUACAGCAACACAUCUUACGGACAAUAACCCGUGGUGGCAGGUGGACCUGGAAGGUGUCUUCAGUAUCGAUCAUGUCUCCGUUCAAAACAGAUUAAACUAUGCUCACCGGCUGAAAGAUUUCAUCGUAGAGAUAGCAGAGACAAACGCCAUUGGACAAAAUGGUCAUCUUAAAAACAGCAAGCUGUGCUACAAUUACACUGAAGCUCACGUACCUUCUGCUGAACUAAGGACUCUGGUCUGUCCCACUGACACUGUCGGUCGCUACCUCAGGAUCACAAAGUCAUCCGGUAUUUUAACUCUUUGCGAAGUCAUUGUAGAAGGUAAACCUGUUUCUUGUCUCGACACUACCUGUCAUAAGAUGCCAACGAUCAGACAACGUGACGACCAGUCUGUGACAGAAAUCGUACAGGAGUUGAAAAAACUGAUGUCCGGAACAGGAAGAAGAUCCCAUGGCGAAUUCUCAAGUCGCGUCAUUUCUAACGUCGCAUUGAACAAGCCAACUACCCAAUCAUCGACCUACAACGCUUCCUAUCUUGCUGUGGACGGAAUCGUCGACCCUCCAACCUGUAUGUCUACCUCAGAGACUGGCUAUCAGUGGUGGCAGGUUGAUCUCGGAUCACUCUACACGAUAACAAACAUUUCCAUUCAAAGCAAUGCUGAUAAACCAGGCGGAUUGAGAAAUGUUACCGUAGAAGUGUCAGAACAGAGCAUGUCUGACGUGAGUGGUCAUCUUCUUAAUGCCAUUUUGUGCUACAGGCCCGCCGGGUCACACGGUUCCAGUGAUGACAUUAUCACGUUACCAUGCUUGCAUGGCACGACCGGCCGUUACCUAAGGCUUUCCAGAAUAGUUGAAAUCAUGGACGACGUUUUGACCUUUUGUGAGGUGGUUGUUGAAGUGUCAAGGAAUGAAUGCGAUUUGACCAACAUAGCACUGAAUAAACCGGCAACUCAGUCUUCUUUGUAUAGUCAAGGGUUUGCAAGGAGAGGUGUGGACAGGAAUCUCAAUCCAAUAUAUACAGCUAAGUCCUGUACAGAAACAAGUCUUACGGACAAUAACCCGUGGUGGCAGGUGGACUUGGAAGGUGUCUACAGUAUCGAUCAUGUCUCCGUUCAAAACAGAUUAAAAUUUGCUGACCGGCUGAAAGAUUUCAUUGUAGAAAUAUCAGAGACAAACGCCAUUGGACAAAAUGGUCAUCUUAAAAACAGCAAGCUGUGCUACAAUUACACUGAAGCUCACGUACCUUCUGCUGAACUAAGGACUCUGGCCUGUCCCACUGGCACUGUCGGCCGCUAUCUCAGGAUCACAAAGUCAUCCAGCAUUUUAACUCUUUGCGAAGUCAUUGUAGAAGGUAAACCGGUUUCAUGUCUCGACACUACCUGUCAUAAGAUGCCAACAAUCAGACAACGUAACGGCCAGUCUGUGGCAGAAAUCGUACAGGAGUUGAAAAAACUGAUGUCCGGAACGGGAAGAAGAUGCAACUUCCAGAAGAAAUGGAUCGAUGGAGGAUGGAGGAAGCAUGUUUACAAAGUGAUGAAUACAUCAGACGCCUGUUUCCCUUCUAAGACUGACCAGUGGUUGUAG